GAGGGUAGAAGUGAAGGAGUCAACUCUCUGCCAUUGUUCUUGCUCUGGAAGUCUGGGAACGCGACGGGACGGCGCUGGUCCGGUACCGGUCGGCGGUCUGUCGUUAUGACGGGCUCCGGUCCGAAGCUUGGGGUCCUGCUGCUGCUGGCGGUUCUGCUGCAGACUGUGGUCGUCACCAUCACCGUGCUGCACUUCACCACGGCUCUCAACUCGAUGAAGGAGACGUUCGCCAGGAGCAGCGUCUCAUGUCUGACGGGCUCCGACCUGCAGAGCAUCACGGCCGUGCGAGGGGAUCCGUGCUGGCAGGUCACUCAGCAGCUUCACCUGCUCAUCGAGAAGUCUCUGUCUCAGCGCUACCAGAGGCAGAUUUCCUCGGCAGUAAGAGAUGAGGUAUCUCGGGUGCUGCCCUCACUGGUGAUGGAGGACAGGGCUUCACCUCGCCCCAAAGUGGCGGCGCACGUCACCGGCAGCUUCGUGCCCAAACUGGAGCGAGAGGGAGGAGCUCCUGUCUCGACGGGGCGUCGAGUUCAGGGCCAGAAGAUCUCGUGGUGGGAGGGGCAGAAGGGGCUGGCCUUCCUCCAGGACGUCCAGCUGGUGGACGGGGAGCUGGUGGUGCCGCAGCCCGGCCUCUACUACGUCUACGCCCAGACCUACUUCAGACACACCCACUCCCUGGAGGAGGAGGGCGAGGACGAGGAGGAGGCGGAGGACAGAGGGAGGCCCCUGCUGCAGUACGUCUAUAAAAAGGUGAGCUCCUACCCGGUUCCCAUCCUGCUGAUGAAGACGAGUCGGACUUCCUGCUGGUCCCGGGGCUCCCAGUUCUCUCUGCACUCCGCCCACCAGGGGGGGCUGUUCCCGCUCAGCGCCGGCGACCUGUUCGUCACCGUGACGAACGCCUCCGCUGUGGACAUGGACGAGAAGAGCAGCUUCUUUGGCGCUUUUCUCAUCAGCUAGAGAAUCAGACGCAGGAAAUCUCUCAGAUCUGCGGACGUGAUUCGUGUUUUAUAAAGUUUGAGUUGAUCAUAAACGUCCCCUGAUGAUUACAACCGGAAAUAUCUGACGACACUGGUUUUAUGGGUGAAGAAGGGACAAAAGACAGACGUGGAUUUAAGAUUUGAACUUGUCACUAAAAAAAGAGUUUUCUGCUGAGACGGUUUUCGUUCCACAAACAUUUCUUUGAGGCUGGCGUCAUCUCAGCCGCUCAGUCACCCCUUUAAUGGUUGCACCUACGACCUAUAAAUUUGUUUUUUCGCGGCUCAGUUCAUACAAAGAUCAUUCUCCGAUUCCUGGUUGUGGCCUGCAUCUGUUCGUUUGCACAAUUCUCCCCAUUCUCCUUCAAACCACAGGCUGUUUCUAAAUCCACACGGCUGCCGAUCACUUUGGCUUUUCCUCGGUUACACUGAUAAUUUUUAUUGUCCCAGAAGGGAUAUUUCGUAACCUUUAAAUGUUCAUGUCUCACAUUAAAAACAUACAUAUGCACGCAACAUGUGCAGCAGACAUAUGGUCGUAUUUACAGGACCUCGAAGCUGCCGUGAGAGAACCCCAAACUCCAAACCUUAAAUUGACUUGUUUUUGCCCGAGACGACAACCAGCAUUAGCUGAUGUCCCGUGAUGUCUCCCAGGUUUGUGCCACACACAGCAGUCAUGUGACUAGGAACGUACCAUUUAUGUGGGAAGUGGUGGUACAUUCCACAUACCAGAAUGCAUUUUUAAAAAAAAAUUUGAUGUGAAGAAUCUUUUAAAAGAAAUUCCACAAAUUCGGCAAACUCACCUCCCGGAUUCUCCACAAGGGGGAGCUGUCGGGUCAGCUCAGAUAUACACGAGCCGACCUGCGCCACCUACAGGAAGACAACAGUAGUUCACUCUGUAUUAAUUAUAUUAUUUGUUAUUAAGUGUUUUCUUCUUUACAGAAAAAAACCGCCUCUAAGAACAGUUUGUGUGAAAACUCUUCUCAGAUGGUAUUUACUGAUCAUCUGUCUUAAGUGAUUGUGUUUCAAGAUGUAAAUAUUGUGCUUUUAAUUUGUGUUGUUUUUAAUUUUUAAUUCUUCUAAUUGGCCUGAAAAUUAGGAGUCUUAAUUGUCCCUCUGUAAGAUGUCAGACACAGUUAGAGUGAGAGAAGUUGCCCGUGUUGACGACCACACUGGAAGACAGAAGGUGUAACGUCAUCACCUUCCUCCUUUGUGAGUUCUGAAGUGAAAAACCCUGCUGCCUGUGUUUUCGUUGGCGGCAGCAUCAGAGUCUCUCCCGCCCGCUGCUGUCAGUCUUCCCUCCGCCGCAAAGCGCUCUCCAAGUGGUGUGUUUAACGCCUGCUAACGGCUGGUAUUCUUGGGCCGCCAUGUCACGUUGGAUUAAGCGCAGAUGUGACCUGCAGACGUGGAAAACAUCAUUCGCAUCAGCAUCCAAACAGCAGAAAUAUCUGCCGUCUUCCACGUGGUGUAAUGAAAACUGAAUUAACUAAAUUGUUGAUUAUAAUUGACUGAGGGAGAGCUGGACGCAUCAGUGACUUCAUGUGAUUGAGCUAGAAGGUUCAUUAUUGAUCCAUAGGAAAUGGAUUUGACAAAAGGUUCAUUUAGCAUCUCGUGGUCGGAGUUACGAGACACCUGUUGUCAUGUGAUCAAAGUUUCAUAUUAAUCUGAUAAGUGAUCUUUAAAUACCUUUUGUAUUGGUUAUAAAGACAGUUCCAAGUUCUUCAGUUAUAUUCACUGAUGCAUCCAGAUCUUGUUUGAGAGAAACUAACAAAAGUGAACAAUUCAAAAAUAGAAAAGACGAAACAGAAAGACGUUUUAUUUUUGUAAUUAAGGUUCAGAAACUAAACAUUGUUGUUUUUACCGGUGUGACAUGAAUGCAGCAUUCACUGUAGCAUUUAUGUAAAUAUGAAACGUGACUUUUUUCUCCUUAAUUUCUUGUUUUUGCUUUGAAUGUAAAGAUUUUUUUUUACUAAGUGGUUGUUUUAGUUUUGGUAUCUACAAAAAUUACAGCAACUAAUUUACACUCCAGAGGCCGGUUGCACAAAACACCUUAAGUUCUCAACAUAAGUAAGGCACUUAAGGUUUGAUGUUUCCUCAGCUGAGGGAGCUACUGAAGGGUGUUGCACAGAAUUAGUAGUUAAGGAAAAAAGUUUAGGCCUUUGCAGGAGUGAAGGAGAUUUUACAGAAUUAAAAUUCAAAAAGUUAAAAAUCGCUGGUUUAAGUGAUUCCUAAAGUAAAAGGAGAAAAUCUUAAACACAUUUUAAGGAAACUUUAAGGGUUUAUUGUGCAACUGUUUUUAUUUUACAGACACCUGAACUCAGACUUUAAGGAAAAUCUUAAUGUAGGGUGUUUGGUGCAACUGGCCUCAGGACCAGAUGUGUAGUGAAGUGGAUGGAUGUGGUUUAUUUGACCAGCGUCGUGUUUGAGCUCCUUGUUGUGAAAGUAGUGACAGUAAUCUGCUGGUUGUUGCGGUCUGAUGGUGUCUUUUUGUUUUUUCCUUUCACACCUGAUCAGUGAUGUGAAAUCAGACUGUACCUUAUAUUCGACCUCCAUGUGGAACAACAGGAAAACAUCCACCUGCAGCUGCCGGUCGUCGUCGGCUGGAGCGUGGAACAUCUGGAAGGCACCAAAAACAUGAAACUGUACAAUAAUCAGAACAAAACAAAAAAGUUAUUUUUUACCAAGUAGAUCAAAACUAAUGUGAAUGUAAAUAUAAAAAUGUUUUUGUCUGUAAAUAUGUGAAAUAAAGACACUGUAAAACAAAAAAACAAAGAAAAAAAAAAAAGUUCCAUCACGAUUUAUUCACCAAACUUUUUCAGCUUCAACAGGUUGUUUCUGAUUUCCUUAUGUAGUCCUUUAUUCAGUCAUGCAACCUAAAGUUUAUUUAAAACCAAUUUUACAAAAACACAUGAAAAAUUGUGAGUUUAUUUUGUACUUACAGUAUCAUCAUUUAUAUUUGUCUCAAAACUAUUUUAAUAAACUAUUUGAUGUUUUGUAUAUUUAGUAUCGACGGUGAUCUGUGAGUUGCAUGACAGAUCGAUGGACUAAAUAAAAGGAAACCAGAAAGCAAGGUCAGUGGAAACUUUUGGUGGCUAAAGCUGAACUUUAAAACAGUUACGCAACAUAAAUUUCUUAGAGCGCUGCAGUUUGCCAAAACCAGAUUAUAGCAGAGGGAAUCCUGCGCCUGAAAACCACCUGACUUAUUCAGAAUCAGGACAAACUCGUGUAGAUCAGUCUCAUCUGAUCUGGAGCUUUUCUCUCUGGACUUUCAAAGAUCUGACUUAACAUUAAAUUACACUUUUUACUUUG